GCAGCAGGAAAGCCAACUUACCUUCGCUUGCCACGUCUUGUGCGCAUCAAAACUGAUCAUAAUUGAAGCAUGAACAAACAUGGCUGCGCCCAUGAAAAACGAAGUCAACAAAUUGUUAAGAAAUGAAAACGAAGUAUGGAAACCCAACCUUACCAGUGAAGAGUAUGCCAAGAAACUGAAAGAUUGUCAAUCAUUAGGAAAUCUGUUUCAUAACUACUACAUAUAUGGUGUCAGGCCAACAUGUUAUUUAGAAAAGCAAGACUUUAUCAACGCAGUCAGAUGGGAGACUAGUAAAGCUGAGGAUGCUAAGAAUGCACUUCAAGCACGAGAAGGUAAACUACAAAGCAGGCAUCCUCAUGUCUGGGAGUUUCGGCAAGAAAAGAUCCCUCCUAAGGAAUGGACUAUUCCAGUAUUCACAGACAAUAAUUCUGGGUAACUGAUCAGUCGUGCCAAAUGGCAUUUCAUAGGAGUGAAUUCUAAUUCACAUUACAAGCACAUAGCAGUUUGAGUGGAUGCUAGUUCCAUGGGGGCAGAUCAUAGGGGGACAGUGGGGACUUGUUUGUCCCUCCACAUAUAUUAAAGGGCUAAAUACCUCCACUUUUUGACUGUUAUAUUGUUGAAAUGAACUGUAUAAAUGACCCAGAUGUUAAGAAAAAGUGUUCUGCAGCAGCCCUUGCCAUUAAAGUAAUAACAUUAACUUACAACUCUUGCACAAUUUUGGAAAUAUGUUAUGAGGAACAUGCGAUGGUGGUGGAUUGUACUAGAUAAGAGUGUCAUUUCCGGCCAUCUAAAGCUACUAUUCAAAUUCUCACUCAUCAGACCCAACAAUAAUGGAGCUGAGGUGGGCUGUCACAUUUUUUGCUUGUUUAUAAAUGCAUAAUACUUGUUUUGUGCCACUUAAGAAAAGAUUACACUAAUAAAUGAAUACAUUAAAUUUAAGUUCAUUGUUUAUCAAUACUUUGCUCCUGAAAGUUUUUAAAUGACAAUGUAGAGGUUGAUGAUGGCCAUUUUAUUUUUUUAAUUUAUUUUUUCAUUUUUUUUGUAUAAAAACAUACAAAACAACAACCAAUGGCUGAAACAUAAACACUUAUUCUACAAAAAUAUUAAUAUAAAAAAGUCAAGCUGUUAUUUAGGACUUGUUGUGGAUACUGGCACAGUCCGGAGGUAGAAUUAAUUAAAGACAAAUGUUAUAAAUGUCAACCCAAGUAAUUAGAACCUGUCAGUCAUUACCUUCACCUGUCAAUCAACAAUAUUGAGUACCUUGAAUGAGGUAAGUAAUGAAUAUAGUGCUCAUUAAGCAAGGCUUCUUGUCUACUUCCUUUCUUAAGGCAACAGCCACAGAUUGAGUCUGACCAGACCAUGGGGUAAUUAAUUAAUAAAGACAAUGUACAACAUGUGUUAACAAGCUAUCAUGCUCAUUAACAAUUUUAAUAUAGAUGUGACAUUAAAUAAAUAGUUCCCUAA